CUGCCGGCGGGGCGGGGCGGGACGGGGCGGAGCGGAGCGGAGCGGCGUGGAGGCGAGCGGCGGCUGCAGGAACGGUUGGGGCUGCGGGAGCGGAAUGGAGCGGGGAGUGCGAGUCUUCGGGGAGCCCAAGGUAGAGCUUCACAUCCAUCUGGAUGGAGCCAUUCGGCCAGAAACAAUCUUACACUUUGGCAAGAAAAGAGGGGUUCCUCUCCCUGGCAGCACCGUUGAUGACCUCAUGAAGCACGUCAGCUACAAAGCACCGCUAUCGCUUAAACUAUUUCUAGAGAAAUUUAAACACUACAUGCCCGCCAUUGCGGGGGACCGCGAGGCAGUGCGGAGGAUCGCAUAUGAGCUGGUGGAGACGAAGGCGAAGGAAGGCGUCAUCUACGUGGAGGUGCGGUACAGCCCUCACCUGCUGGCCAACUGCCGCGUGGAGCCCAUCCCCUGGGGACAGGCCGAGGGAGACCUCACUCCGGAGGAAGUUGUUAACCUCGUAAAUCAGGGACUGCAGGAUGGAGAAAGGGAUUUCCACAUCAAAGCCAGGUCUAUUCUAUGCUGCAUGCGCCAUAUGCCAAGUUGGUCUCCAGAGGUGGUAGAGCUGUGCAAGAAGUAUCAAAACAACUCCGUGGUGGCCAUAGACCUGGCUGGGGAUGAGAUGCUGAAGGCUUCUUCUGAUCAUAAGAAGGCUUACGAGGAAGCAGAGCGAUGCGGCAUCCAUCGCACCGUCCACGCUGGGGAAGCCGGGCCGGCUGCCAUGAUCAAGGAGGCCGUGUACCUCCUGAAGGCUGAGCGCAUCGGCCACGGCUACCACGUGCUGGAGGACCCCGAGCUGUACAGGGAGCUGCUGAGAACCAGAAUGCACUUUGAGGUCUGCCCCUGGUCCAGCUAUCUGACUGGAGCAUGUCUUCCGGACUUCAGGAAACACCCAGUAGUACAGUUUAAGAAGGAUCAAGCUAAUUAUUCUAUCAACACCGAUGACCCCCUCAUCUUCAAUUCCACCAUUGACAAGGAUUACAGCAUAAUGAAGGAGUACAUGGACUUCACUGAGGAGGAUUUCAAGAGAGUGAACAUCAAUGCAGCUCAGUCCAGCUUCUUACCUGAGAAAGAAAAGCAGGAGCUUCUUAAUACGCUGUAUGAAGCCUAUGGGAUGGUGCCUGCCACCUCGUGAUGCCUCCUGAGAGCCAGCGUGGAGCACUGGCCCCUUCCUCGUGUGUGCUUGGCUCUGCUCUGCUGGGGAGCAGCAGGAGGAGGUGCCAGGGGUCAGUGUCCUCUAUUGGCACCCAGUGUUAACCCUUACCGCGCCAAGCACAAUCAGGCUCCUAUCAUACACACCACUUAUCACCUCCAUGAACUGUCUCCCAAAUGGACAUCCAGCUUCCUCUUGCCGUUGAGCACGCAGACUCAAACUCCUCCCUUCCUCUGCUGCUUCUGCCCCGUCAAUGAGAGCAGAAGGAGGUCCCCUGCCAUGCCUUAACCCUUUUCUGCAGUACAGGAAUAACCACUCCUGCCUGUGACUGUGGCCAGGAUUAAUCUUCACCUUUCUUGGGAAAAGGUGUGCCACAGAGGAAGCAUGCGAGCACUUUGGAAGCAGAGGAUUUCUUCCCACUCAUGCAGAUAGGGAGGUUUGGCUACAGCGAGGUUUACCUGUGGUUAGGCUUGUGCUAACAAGAAUAGGACAAGAACAAGCUGGGAACUGGUGCACAAGUCUGAAGGUUUUCUGGUGGUUUUUUUUGUUGUUGUUGUUUAAGAAAGCCUUUUUGUCAUCCUCCCUCAGCCAAGGAGUUCUGUGUCUCAGGCCUUACAGUGUCUGCCACAGAAGCGCACACCCUGUGCUCCAGCUGUGCUCAUACUUGCAUAGGAAGUUGGAACACUUUUACCAUUUUGGGCCAAAAUCUGCCUUCUGGGAUUUUCCCCAGUUGUGUACUCACCCUGGGGAAUUCCUGUGAACUACAUUUUGCUCUUCUUGUAUCUUUGUUUAGAACCUUACAAAAAUUGUGCUUGAUUGCCUGCUUUAGCCAUUCUGUGCUCUUUCUGACUUGCCGUAAUCUUUAGGCACUGUUAAAACUCAAUGAGUAAAUGGAUAAGCUUGGGCCCAAUAUCAAAUACUGUCUCAGGUUCUAUCUGAAUUGCUUCUCUCACUUCACCACAGCACUGGCUAGAAAUCAGAUCUUCAUUUUGGUGGAGAAUUUAUGAGGAAAUAUGCACCAAAAUUCCUAAGCCAUUUUACAUUACAUUACAGUAUUCUUGGCUAAUAUGCAAUGGAGCCAUGCGUCCAGAGGAGAGACCAUAAUUUUCCAACAGUCAGCAUCUUGAUGCACCUGAGGAGGGAGUGUGAUGUGUGGCAUGAUUUAGGUGGCUAUAAAGAUGCGUGCUCCAAAGAUACUACACCAAAAAGUUGCCUUUGGCAGAGGGCUGUGGUGGUCAUGUAUAGCAUCUGCCUCGCUCUCAGCCAGCAGCACCUGAGUGCUGGGAAUGUUUCCAUUCUUUCUAGGCUUUCAUAUUUGUCUUCUCAGUGAAGUACUCAUCUCUGAAAUACAUGGUGCAUAUCUACAAAUA